AUGGCCUCCGCCGCCAGCCCGCCCGGGACUUGCGGCGGGGCUGCCCGAGCGCCCGGCCCUCGCAGCGCGCCGGAGGGAGGCGAGCCGGAGCUGCACCUGCAAAUGUGCAAGAAGAUCGCGCAGCUCACCAAGGUGAUAUAUGCUCUGAACACAAAAAACGAUGAGCACGAGGCCAGCAUCCAGUCUCUUAAGGAGGCCCAUCAAGAAGAGAUUCAGCACAUCCUUGCCGAGACUAAAGAAACUGUCCUUCACUAUAAGAGCAAAGUGGAAGAGGAGCAGGAGCUCCGGCAGCGGAUCCAGGCCCUCGAAGAAGCUUUACGGCAGCGUAGGCAGUUGAACGAGGAGGCCCUAACAGAGUUCAAGACGUGCAGGAAACUGGAAGGCAAGAGGGAGCCACAAACUGAGAGUGAAUGCACAGAGGAGGAAAUUUUGUUCCACAAGGAGCUGUUACAGGUGAAACUGGACUCUGAAAACCGAGUUCAGGCUUUGAACCAGGAGUCAGACAGUCUCUUAAAUGAACGGGGACCAUUUGAUGGAGAGAUACUUAAUACCAAGGGGAACUUAAAUGAAAAACGCAGCAUGGAAAUGCGGGCUUUGGUCAGCGAGAUGGAGAGCCUCAAGAGGGAGAACCAGAAAUUAGCUGAAGAUUAUGCCAAGGCAGCCAGCCAGCUCCAAGCCUCUCACGAGCGAGACAGAGAAGCCUGGAGGAAAGCCAUGCAGCAGGCCCUGGCCGAUUCGUGCCAAGAGUGGCAGCAAAGGGAAAUGGAACAAAGAGAAAACUUCGAGGCCCGCGAAGUGGCGUCACAGCAGCAGAUGAAGAAGCUGGAGGCUGACCUGGAGGCAAAAGGCCAGCGCGUCAGUGAGCUGAAGAAACAUUCCCAGAAGCUGAGGGAGGCGAUGCAGGACUUGGAGCGGCAGCUCAAGGAAGCCCAGCAAGCGACUAUGGAGUCAAAGAGUACCAUGAAAACACUGGAGGAAGAGUUGAUUAUAGCCAAAGAAAGACUCCUGAUGCAGGAAAAUGAAAUUCGGCAGAAAACAGAGACAAUUGAAAGGACACUGAAUUCCCAGAGCAAAACCAGGAGUGAAGUGGGAGACCUGACGAAACAGAUCCUGCACUUCCAGCAAGCGUUGUCCUCCAAGCAGAGCCCAGGGAGCAAAGAUGCACAGGAGGCUCAGGCGCAGCUAGAGGAAUUUAAAAAGAAACACGAAAAUGAGAUAAGACAGUUGCAGAGAGAGAAAGACGUUCUGUGUGGAAAGCUUCAGGACUGUUCUCAGGAGGUUUUAAGGCUAGAGGAUUUCAUCAGACAAAACCGGGACAUCCCCAGAUAUGCAGAAUUUUCAAAAUCUCUCGCCAGAAAACCCUUUGAGAGGCAGCAGGAGUCCCAAGAUGUAUCUGUGCAACCGAAAAAUGUUUCCAAACAGCAUAAAGAGAGAACAAAAGGCAGAGAGCAGCUAUUGGCGCCAACAAGUACCAGAAAUGAAGAAAAGAGAAGGUCAGAUUCCGGAAGUGCGGCAAAAAGGGAGGAUGAGCAGACUCUCGCAAGUUUCCUAAAGGAGAAAGCUAAAGAAAUCCAGAUUUUGCAAGAGGAGUGGUCAUACCAAAAGGCAGAAUUGCAAGCUCAGAUUGCCCAGCUGAAGCAGACGUUAGAGCAACAAGCGAGCACUUUCCGAGAAGCCCUCCAUGAACAAAACCGACAGUCUGGUAAAGAGAAAGAAAAGCUCUUGCAAAAUCUUCAGGAUGCUAUUAAGCAAAGCCAAGAUACUAAAGUGCAGAUGGAAGCAUCUCACCAGACAGCCAUAAAUCUCCUGGAGAAAAGCAAAAAUCAGGAGCUCAAGGAGGCUGAAGAGCACUGGAAGAAGGAAUCUGCUGAGACCUUCAAGAUCCAACAAGAGUCAUACAGGCAAGAAGUGCAGAGCUUGGAAGAGAAGGCAAGAGAAGCCCUGCAGAGUGAAUUGGAGAAGAUGCAACAACAACAGUCUUUGUCGAUAGAGUCUCUGAGAGCGGAGCUGUCCGAGCAACAGGUAUCUUGCAUAGCUCACAAAAAGGAAAAAGAAGAACUCCAGGAGGAACUGAGGAAUGUGAUGGUCCUAAAAAGGCAACAGGAAGGAAAUAACCUGGAUCAGAUACAGUCUCUUAAAGAUGAACUGGUGAAAUGUCAGAAUGAAAUUUGUGGGCUCAAGAAGGAGAAUUCCCUUUUGAAGGACACGGUGGAUCUGCUUACAGAGGCGGCUGUACAGAAGCAAACAUCGCUUCAGCUUGAAGAAGAGGGCCAGCACAGAAGAUUUAAAGAAUCAGAAGAGACACCAAGAAAGAGGGAGCCUUGGCCUGAAGAUCUACGUCUUAUAAGCUGCUUGCAAGAGAAACUAAGUGAAAAAGAAGAGAUGAUCAAGGAAUUAUUGGAUGGCAGAAAACUUCAGCCUUCGCUUUUGCCCAGUACUGAGCCUCAUCGCCACCGAUCUUUUUCGUUUAACACAAAUCCUUCGACUUGUUUGGCCCCAAUUGCAAAGCAGAAGAAGAAAAUGGAUGAUGUGCCCAGCCGUAUUGUCAGUGUUCCAAAUUUAGCUUCCUAUGCCAAAAGCUUUCUGAGUGGCGACUUAAGGCCAAAGAGAAAUCCACCUCAGAUUACAAAAUCAACAAGUUUAGAUCAGAAUCCCAGCUGUGUCCGAGUGUGCUACCCACCAGUACAAGUGUUGGAGACCAAGCCAGGCCCACGGUUGCAAAGCAAUGAAACCGCAAAGCCCAAAGAGGCUCAGAAACAGGACUCUCAACGUCAGGAGUGGUUUACCAAAUACUUCUCCUUCUAAGACAAACCAUUUCUGUAUCCAAUGUUGCCAUAUUUCUGAAGCACCCUUUCCAGAGCACUUUACAGAAUACGUAAGCCUAGAACCACGGGUCCCUGACCGAAGGGAUUUACAACUGAAGACUGGGGCAGGGGGAGGCAUGCCACUCUGCUGCCCUGUUGUGAAGUUGACGUUUUUAAUAAUAAUAACGAUAACUGUGUUUAUAUACCACUCUUCUAAACAGAUUAGUGGCCCACUCAAAGCAGUGAAAAAAGUCAGUAUUAUUAUCAGCUGGGGCUGAGAGAAGAGGCUUACCCAAGGCUACUGGCUGAGCUCAUGGCAGUAGUGGGAUUCGAACCAGCAGAGUGCUGCUUUGCAACCCAACCACUUAACCGCUAUGCUACAGCAGCUAUGACAGGCUCACCACUAAAACAAAUUUAUCUUGUUACUCCCCAAGUACUUGAUACUUUGAAUUUCCAGAAGGGGUGUGCAAUUCAGAGAGCCAGUUUGGUAUAGUGGUUAAGAGCGUGGGACUCUAAUCUGGAGAGGCGGGUUUGAUUCCCCACUCCUCCACUUGAAGCCAGCUGGGUGACCUUGGGCUAGUCACAGUUCUCUGGAGCUGUCUCAGCCCCACCCACCUCACAGGGUGUUUUGUUGUGGGGAUAAUAGUAACAUACUUUGUAAACCGCUCUGAGUGGGCAUUAAGUUGUCCUGAAGGGCGGUAUAUAAAUCUAAUAUUAUUAUUAAUUCAGUAUUGAUAUACCAAAUAUAUACCUAGAUAAGUGGCUAAAUGAGCAUUAUUUGGGCAUACCAAAUCAAAUCAGAGAAUCCAAAUAAAAUUGGGAUACUGGAUAUAGUAAUGCCAGAUAUAUUCAGUUUUAUUGUCAAACACAACUCAUCCAAUUUAAAAUUGGCCAGCUCCUUCUCCAAGGUUUGUUUUACUUUGUUUCGGGGGACUGAAUGGCCAAUGGAGGUGCAUUGGGGGGAGAGCUUUUUUCCCCUGGUUGUGAGCUUAAAGACGAGAAUCGCUUGUUUUGCUGCUUGUUAGUGUUUAUGUGUUUUUAAGAGUUGUUCUUGUGGGGCGUUGCUUAAACAGUUGCUUGUUUAUUUAUUUGUUGCUUCUCAGGGGGACUUGCUUAAGCAGUUGCUUGCUUGCUUGCUUAUUUGCUUGUUACAGAGUCUCUAGCUUCAGUUUGGUUUUGGUGGGAUUCUCUGGUUUGAUGUUGGUUCCCUUGCUUUAGUUUGGCUCUGUUCAGCUUCGUUGGUUCGGCUCGCAUUGGGAAUGGGACUUCCAUUGGGUCUGGCAUUUGGCCAGGGGUUGCCUUUGCUCAAGGUUUCUUUGCCCUGGAAAGCCUUGGAAUGUUUUCCCCCCAAUGGAAAGUGGCCGGGGGCAGCUUGUUCAGGGGCCCAUAGAAUUGGACCCCUGAGUCCAAUCUUCCUAAAACCGUGUGUGUGUGUGUGUUAGUGGACAGGUUCCCUGCAAAUUUGGUGGUGUGCUUGAAAAAUGCUCCCCCCACCCGGAUAGCUUUCCCCCAUAGGGAAUAAUGGCCUUAUGUUUUUGGGAUUCUCUAAUAAAACCAAAUCUGAAUAAAGACUUUGACCAGAUACCAGGAAUAUGGAAUAUUUAUCUGAAUCCAAUAUCUGGAUGUGAAUUAUACCAUUUUUUCUGCACACCCCUAAUUGCCAGUAUUUUGGGAUCUCAGAAAUUCAUGUUAAUAAAUAUACUGUAUGGUUAUGGGCUAUGUAUACUAGCUAUUGCAAAGGAAAAGUUCUCCAGUGGAGAGCUUUAUACUUUUCCUGUUCACCCUUCAAUUUGGAUCCUUUUUAAUAUUCUUAUUUUGUAGUUUUUCAUACAACUUCAAUUCGCUGUACGUAAACAGUCGCUUUUAAAGUUAUAUUGUAGAGUUCCUGGAGAUCACAUUUGACAGAGUGGUUCAGAAAUGGAUGCUGAAGAAGUGUGCUCUUUGUUCAGAUACAUUCAAAUCAACACUGGAACUUCAAAAUUUUAUUUAUUUGUAUUUAUACUAAAUGCAUGAUGUGAAUAUUUAUAGCCUCAUACGGAUUACACACCCUGGUGUCUGUAUUUUUUAAAAACUACUUAAGAUAUUCCAAAGUAGCAGGAAUGUCACAAAAGUAAGAGAUUCUGUCACAUAGAACUCGGAGAACAAAGAAAUUCCGCAAGUACGAGGUCGGCUAACACAGAAAUCCAGUCCCUUUUGAUAACCUGAAUGCAGAAGCUAUUUUUUAAAAAGGUCUUAGUGAUCGUGCACUUCUUCGGGAAUCAUCACUCUCCACCAUGACAUGGGACUGACUAUGUGAUUAAAUUCAAUCCAAUUUUAAAAUAAGUAACAGGUACCCAUAAAUAACUUUGAAUAGCUUAUAUCUAUUCAGUUCACAGGAGGCCAAAGGACACACCAUGUUUCAGUGUGCAGUUGAUGCAAUAGUCUGUCAAACCCAGUACCCUCUGCUGCUCAAGUCUUGAGUCUGUGGGCACUUUAGAGAGUUUGAGAAUGGGGAACUGAUACUACCCCAGAAUGGCUGCCAUGGGGUGCUGGUAAGUUACAAAGCCAAGCAUCUUCCUGCGCUGGACGCAGGUGGUUCCCAGUGCAGGCUCCCAGCAGAAGAGUACCAUGAUGCCUCCAGAGUUUCUCUGAAGCGCUUCCUGCUCCAGGAAGGUAAAAGAACACCAGGACUGGCUACUUGCUAUGGGAGAGAAAAAAGUGGGCGCCAGGAAAUCCAUUGGCAGGUGCCACAUUAGGGAUAACAGGUCUAUUCUGACUGGAAUCUCCUUUCCAGGGUUUGAUGCUGACCAGCCCAACUAUGGUCAUAGAUCCAGAGGAGUUAGCCGUGUUAGUCUGUCGUUGCAAAAUAGUAAAAAAGUCCAGUAGCACCUUUAAGAGUAACCAACUUUAUUGUAGCAUAAGCUUUCGAGAACCACAGUUCUCCCUACGAUGUUUAGGGUACAGGUAGAAAUAUGGUAGCCUUAUCUCUUGCAACCUAU